CGGCAAUCAUGGACUUGGGUCAGCUGUGGAGCAAGGUGCAGACGACGGCGAGCGAAAUCGCCGCCGCGGCCGAGGAGACUGCCGCGAGGGCCUACACCGCGGUCGAGGAGACGGGCGAGGAGAUCUCAAAGUCCGAGGCGUGGCUGGCGAUGUCGUCUCAGUUCGCCAAGCUGCAGAGCGACGCCAGCUUCACGUUCGCGGAGCUCCGGGCCAGGACCGUCUCGGAAGCCGAGCGCGCCGAGCGGCUCAUCCUGCUGAAGCGGGAGGAGGCCGAGCGGAGGGCGCGGGCGCGCGCCACCGCGAACAUCGACCCCGAAGUCUACGGCGUCAACAUCGACCACGAGUGCUUCGUCCGCGACCUCACCGAGCGCUCGUUCCUCGAGUAUCCGGUCGAGGACGGGGACGACGAGUUGGACGAGACGUGGGAGAUGGACGAGUGGGAGAGGGACCACUCGGAGGCGAUCAUGGCGGUCGUCCCCGAGCUCGCCACGCUUCGCUUCGCGCUCGUCCGCGAUCCCGCGCAUCACCUCCUCACCCCGGGCGCCGAGCCGAUGUCCGAAGCGCGCUUCUGGAGGACGUACUUUCGCAUGUGCGGGUGGAGGCUCGCGCUCGCCGAGGCGUCGUUCAAGGCGAGGGCGGCGGCGAGGGCGCGAGGGAUCGAGGUGGCGGACGACGAGCCGUAUCCGGUCGAGGUGGACAAAGCGGAGCUGGAGGCGUUUGGCUUUCGCGUCGACGACGAACUCCUGGACCAAGCCGCGGAGCUCAUCGCGGAGGACUUGGACGAGAUCCUGGGCGAGGAGGGCGAGCUGGAGCAGGCGAGGAUCGAACGGGAACGGGCGAAGAAGGCGGAGUGGCUGAGGACGAGGAAGGAGUGGAAGCCCGACGGGUCGGAAGGGAGCCCGGGGGCGGGGUCUGGUAGCCGGGGAGGCUCGCCGAACAAAGGAAAGGAGGGUAAUAAGAAGAGCGACGGCGACUCCGACCGCGCGGACUCCCCGGCGCCAACCGGCAUCGGAAAGGAGGACGGGUCCGUGGCCGACAGCGAGGACUCGGGGGUUCUGGUGGAGGCCCCCGUCGAGCGGGAGAAGUAGAGGGAGCGCGCGGUUGCUAAAAUGUUUUGUUCCAAAAACUCCGGCUAUGUUUC